AUGGCCGCUAGACGUGUUGAGAUGUUCCUUCUGUCGAGAAGUGUGCAUGAUCUGUACACACUAACCAAGGAGGAAUUGUGUUCAGUGGCUGAGAGGUUUCAAGUGGAGUUGAAAUCCAAGAAAAAAGAGGAAAUGCAGGCGGAGUUGAAAAAUGCUCUUGUGGAGAGGAGCUGGUUUGAAAAUGAUGGUGGUGAAAGUGAGGAUAAUGAUGGGGAGAGUGUAGAGGAAGGUGCUGGGGUCAGUGAGAUAAACCUGAGUGCUUUUGGUGGAACAGAUGGCCUUUCUAGUAGUGAAAAAUUUGAGUUAAUGAAACUUCAAAUACAGAUGCAGAAGGAACAGAAACAGCAAGAGAUGGAGUUAAAGAGGGAACAGAAACAGCAAGAGAUGGAGUUAAAGAGGGAACAGAAACAGCAAGAGAUGGAGUUAAAGAGGGAAUUGCAAAGGGAGCAAAUGCAGAAAGAGGUGGAGUUUCAACAGAUACAGAUGCAAAAAGAGAUUGAGAUAGAAAAAAUUAGAGCAGAAAGUCAAAAUAAAGUAAAUGAGACCAGGGCAGGAAAUGGUGCUCAAGGCAACGGGGAUUUAGAGAAAAGGGCCAUCAGUAUGCCUAACUUUGUGGAAGGGGAGGAAGAAAACUUUUUUUUCAAUUUGAAAAAGCUGCAAAGAUGA